AGCAUGUGGGCCAGCGCCCUGUUCUCCGCCUUCAGUCUCUACUUUGAGAAGCCAUGCGCGUUUGGCUUUGAGGGCGCCGGUGUGAGAGCCUCUGGAUUCUCUGCUGCUUCUUGCUCGGGCAGGGUCGCCUAGGAAACGGGACAGGGGCACGACGACCGAGCCUCCCUAUGGCCGCGGUUGUGGCCCAGAAGGGAGCGAUGGGUCCCCUAGUGGGAGCCAUCGACCAAGGGACCAGCUCCACAAGGUUCUUGGUUUUCAAUGCAAACACAGCUGAAUUACUGAGUCAUCAUCAAGUGGAAAUCCAGCAGAAAUUCCCCAAAGAAGGGUGGGUAGAACAAGACCCAAAGGAAAUACUGCAGUCUGUCUAUGAAUGUGUUGAAAGAACAUGUGAGAAAUUGAACCAGCUGAAUAUAGACAUUUCCAACAUAAAAGCUGUUGGAGUUAGCAAUCAGAGAGAGACAACUGUAGUUUGGGACAAAGAAACUGGAGAACCUCUGUAUAAUGCUAUUGUAUGGCUUGACCUAAGGACUCAAUCUACUGUUGAAAGACUUCUUAAAAGGAUUCCAGGAAAGAAUAAAUCCUUUUUUAAGCAUAGGACUGGUCUCCCUCUUAGCACAUAUUUCAGUGCUGUGAAGCUACGCUGGCUUUUGGACAAUGUAAAAGAGAUCAGACAAGCAGUUCUUGAAGGGAGAGCUCUUUUUGGUACUAUUGAUUCAUGGUUAAUAUGGAGUUUGACUGGUGGAAAAAAUGGAGGUAUUCACUGCACUGAUGUAACCAAUGCCAGCAGGACAAUGUUGUUUAACAUUCAUUCAUUAGAGUGGGAUGAUGAGCUCUGCAAAACAAUAAAAGGAACAAUAAAAGAGGCCCGGAUGCACCACAUACAGGCCAUGCCCACCUCAGCUCCGCAAAGGAGAAAAUGUGAAACAUCACGACAGCAAUGUGACGCCAAAAUCUCUCCUACCUUGAGUUCUGGAGCUUUGACUGGUGUGCCAAUUUCUGGGUGUUUAGGUGAUCAAUCUGCUGCAUUAGUAGGACAAAUGUGCUUCAAGGAUGGCCAAGCAAAGAAUACUAUAUUGUAUUUUAGACUACUUUUAUUCCUAACUGUAGUAUCAUUUAUCCUCUUUUGUAGAAUUAUCUGCGGUCUUACUCAGUUUACAAAUAAAAACCAUAUUGCCUUUGCUGCACUAGAAGCCGUCUGCUUUCAAACACGGGAGAUAUUGGAUGCAAUGAAUAAAGAUUGUGGGAUACCACUUCGUCAGUUACAAGUUGAUGGAGGAAUGACCAACAACAAGAUCCUUAUGCAACUCCAAGCUGAUAUUCUUUGUAUUCCAGUAGUAAAGCCAUCUAUGCCUGAAACAACAGCACUUGGAGCAGCAAUGGCAGCUGGAGCUGCAGAAGGGGUGGGAGUCUGGAGCCUACAUCCUGAUGAUUUCACAGCAGUAACAUGUGAACGUUUUGAGCCACAGAUCAAUCCAGAGGAAAGUGAAUAUCGUUAUACCAGAUGGAAGAAAGCUGUUAAGAAAUCAAUGGGGUGGGAAAUGUCAGAACCUCAAGGAAACAGUGAAACUAGUAUCUUCUGUAGUCUGCCUUUGGGCUUUUUUAUAAUGAGUAGCCUGUUAAUGUUAAUCGGAGCAAAGUAUAUCUCAGGUAAAUUCACAUGAGACAUUUUAAUGGAUUUCAGGAGACACUAACAUCUCAAAAGAAUGUGGUGCUUUUUUAUCAAUUUUAAUGACAUUAUUUUGCCACAGUUCACUGUCAAAGUAACUAUUUAGGAAAAAGAUUUAAUCAGGAAUGAGAAAAAUAUAGUUGCUACUACUUAUUUGAUUUAAGAGUAAAGUGGCAAGAACUCUUGGUUAACUUCUGUAACUGCCACCACUUGUUUUGUCCACUUUGAAAUGAAACAUGAAAUAAAAAAAAGUUAAUGUUUUUUUUAAAAUCCAAAUGGUACACUUCAAGAACUUUAUUGUAUACACUUACAUAAAGUUGUGGUGAUUUCUUUUUAGAAAUUGCUUAUAGCAAUAUUUUCCAAAAUCAUCUUUCUUAUCAACUGAUUAGAAAACCUCACUGAGAAUUGAAGAUUCAAUAAUAUAUUUUGUAAUAAGGAAAGGCAGUUAUUUAUUCCUCCAUUUCAUAUGCAUUGGUUAUCAUAUUAGGGAUUCUAAGCUACUAAGUAAAAUUGACAGACUUCAGAAAAUGUACCGUAUUUGCCGGCGUAUAAGAUGACUUUUUUGCCCCGAAAAACAUGCCUCCA